CACUUUCAACGGAAAAUAACCAAAGGAAGUUUGUUAAAACAAAGAAAAUAAUUGCAACCUAUGACCUGGAUUAAAAGAUAAUAAAGGAUUCAAUACGGUUUAACCUAGGGUAUAAAAUACCGAGUGUACUCUCAAUUCAAUCAUCAAUAUUGCACUAAGUCAAAAAGGAAGAGAUUAAACUGAAGAUGUCUCAAUGCAUAAUUAACAAAAACUUCCUUCAAAACGGUAUCCAGAAAUUAGAGAAAAUCAAUUCUAAUCAAACUAAAGAUGUUAUUGAGAGAGAAAAAAAAUUUGGUGCUCACAAUUAUGAUCCAAUUCCAGUUGCUUUAACAAAAGGAAAAGGUGUUUUUGUAUGGGAUGUCGAAGGAAAAAAAUAUUACGAUUUUUUGAGUGCUUAUUCAGCGGUAAAUCAAGGACAUUGUCACCCGAAAAUAACGGAAGCUGUUAAAAAACAAGUUGAUACCUUANACGAACGAAGAGAUAACGACUCCACGUUUUAUUUACUCGGAAAUUUCCGCUCUUUGUUAAAUUUAAACACAAAAGAAAUACCGAUUACCGAAAAAGAAGUUAUUCAUUUUAUUUAUUAG